AUGGAUGAGGAGUACGACGUGAUCGUGCUGGGGACGGGGCUCAAGGAGUGCAUCCUCAGCGGCCUCCUCUCCGUCGACCGCCUCAAGGUGCUUCACAUGGACAGGAAUGACUAUUAUGGUGGAGACUCCACAUCGCUCAAUCUCAACCAGCUGUGGAAGAGGUUCAAGGGCGACGAGACACCCCCUGCAAGUAUAGGAGCUAGCAGAGACUACAAUGUAGACAUGGUUCCAAAGUUUAUGAUGGCAAAUGGUGCUUUGGUCCGUGUACUCAUUCAUACUGGUGUUACCAAGUAUUUAUCCUUUAAAGCUGUGGAUGGAAGCUACGUUUUCAACAAGGGAAAGAUCCACAAAGUUCCCUCAACUGAUAUGGAAGCUCUCAAGUCUCCAUUGAUGGGAUUGUUUGAGAAGCGAAGAGCAGGGAAAUUCUUCCUUUAUGUUCAAGAUUACAAGGAAAAUGAACCAAGUACUCACAAGGGGCUGGACCUUACAAAGAUGACCAGUAAACAACUUAUCUCAAAAUACGGUUUGGAUGAUAAUACAAUAGACUUCAUUGGUCAUGCGGUCGCUCUUCAUAAGGACGAUAGUUAUCUUUCAGAACCUGCAAUUGACAUUGUGAAGCGGAUGAAGCUUUAUGCAGAAUCAGUGGCUCGUUUUCAAGGAGGCUCGCCAUAUAUUUAUCCUCUUUAUGGUUUAGGGGAGCUGCCACAGGGUUUCGCACGGCUUAGUGCUGUAUAUGGCGGGACAUACAUGUUGAAUAAGCCAGAGUGCAAGGUCGAAUUUGAUGAUGAAGGGAAAGUUCGUGGAGUUACAUCUGAAGGGGAGACAGCAAAAGGCAAGAAAGUUGUUUGUGAUCCGUCUUACGUACCUGAGAAGGUUAAAAAGGUUGGAAAGGUUUUUCGUGCAAUUGCUAUCAUGAGCCACCCGAUCCCAAAUACUGCUGAAUCUCACUCAGUACAGAUCAUAAUACCACAAAAGCAACUUGGCCGCAGAUCAGACAUGUAUGUUUUCUGUUGUUCCUAUUCUCACAAUGUUGCGUCGAAGGGAAAAUUCAUAGCGUUUGUGUCAGCACAAGCAGAGAGUGACAAUCCAGAGGCAGAACUGAAGCCAGGAAUCGAUCUUCUUGGGCCAGUUGACGAGUUGUUUUUCGACACAUACGACAGAUAUGAACCUACUAAUGACCCUUCUUCGGACAAUUGUUUUAUAUCAACGAGUUAUGAUGCCACAACACACUUUGAGUCUACCGUGAUGGAUGUUCUUUCGCUGUAUACAAAGAUCACCGGAAAGACGGUUGAUCUCAGUGUGGAUCUAAGUGCUGCAAGUGCCAACGAAGAUGAUUGA